AUGACCACCCAAGAUGAAGAAAUACAACCAGAGAAUUCGAUGAAGCAGCAGCUAGCUCUUGCAGUUAGAAGCAUCGGGUGGAGCUAUGGAGUCUUCUGGUCAUUGUCAACUGCAGAACAAGGGGUACUGGAAUGGAGUGAAGGCUACUAUAAUGGACACAUUAAGACGAGAAGAGCCGUUCAAACUACUGAUGUUGACACCGAAAAACUAGGUUCAGAGAGAAGUGAGCAGUUGAGAAAGCUUUACGAGGCUCUUUUAGAAGGCGAAUUCGAGCAAGGGACCAAGAAACUCUCAGUUACACUAUCUCUGGAAGAUCUAUCUGAUCUAGAAUGGUAUUACUUGGUUAGCAUGUCCUUCAAAUUCAAAGUUGGUCAAAGUUUGCCGGGACAAGCAUUGGAGACCGGGCAACAUAUCUGGCUAUAUGACGCUCAGUCUGCUGAUAGCAAAGUGUUUUCUCGCUCUUUGCUGGCAAAGACAGUAAUAUGUUUUCCACACUUGGGAGGUGUGAUGGAGCUAGGGAUGACAGACCUGGUAAUUGAGGACAUAAAUCUCAUUCAACAGAUCAAGACUACCUUACCAGAACUCAGAAAGUCCGUUUGCUCCCCAAAAGCGUCAUCUGUUCCACACACUGCAGAUUCUGACAAGGACAGUAGAGAUGCUAAUAUCAAUAAGAAUGAGAGCACGGUGGUGGAUGUAUCACCUUUGUCAACUCUUCCUCAUUCUGCAGAACAAAUGAAGUUUGAUCAGGAAAUUGAAAAUAAUUUAUACCUAAGCAUUCUUGAAGAUUUCAACAUAGAUUCUCCAGAUGAUUGCUCAAAUGACUCGUGCCACCAUGAAGAGGCACCUGUUUAUGGUUGCACAUCCAGCUUUGUGCCAUGGAUGAAAGAACUUACAGUUGAUGAUUGCACAAUGCAGGAAUCACAGAGUGUUCUAAAGAAGGUUUUAUUUAGAGCACCUUUAACGGAUGCUUAUAGCAGCACCUCAAGUAGUGUCAAGGAUGAUGGAAACAAAGAUUAUCCUUUGAGUUCAGAAGCUUAUGAUGUAUAUAUGCAGGAUUUUGCUUCUCAGGAAGCCACAGCCAAUAUACCGCUCUCUGAAUGGGAUGAAAAAAGAGAGAAUCAACUGUAUACAGUUCAUGAGUCAACGAUUCCUUCAAUCACUGAGACAGAUGAAGCAAUAAUCCUAACUGAUCAUACAGUAGAAUAUCUGGCUGGAGUUGAUGAGCUAGAAAGUAGCCUAGACUUGAAAAGAACAAAUGUAGCAAAAAACUUGAAUAUGUUAGAACAGACAUCUGACAGCUAUAACAAGAGCAAGGCUUCUGAGAACAAUGAAACAGACCCAGAUUUACAUAAGGCUAAUCAAAUGGAGAUUCUGCAGCCAUUAGAUGUAGAUAUGGAAGUAAGCAUAGUAGAGCAUGAGGUUCUUAUCACACUCAGUUGUCCUUGGAGAGAAUUUCUGUUGAUUGAUAUUAUGGAAACACUGAGCAAACUUAACUUGGAUACACACACAAUUCAGUCAUCAACACUUGAUGGUACUCUCUCCGUGUUCCUCAAAUCUAAGUUUCAGAGAGCAGCAUUUACAUCAGAGGGAAUGAUCAAACAAGCCCUUAAAGGAACUAUCGGCAUGUUUUGA